CUCCUUUCAAGAUGAAACAAUCGGUUAUCUUUUUAUAGAGAAAAACUUAGAAAGUGGUAUAAUAAAACAAAGGUGUAUGAAAAUUAUUAUUUUCCUUCAAUUACAAGAAAGAAGUUUAAUGCAUUUUUUGAAAUAAAAUUAAAAUGAACCAGUAUAGUACUGUGUUUUGUGACAAGAAGUUUUGUUUCCAAACAUAUGUUGAAAUUGUUUGCUUUUACUUUCUUGCUGGACAAACAGCUUUAAAAUAUGGAAACCUUAAAACAUAGAAAUGCUGAUGUACAAUAAUAAAAAAUGCCAGAUGAAGAAAGAAAAGCUGUUAUAUCUCUCUUAAACAUUCCAUGGAACGAUGUUUUAUUUGUUUAUCUUUUACCAUUACUUAAUUGGAAAGAUUUAUUUCGUCUAAGACGUGUAUCAAGUGAAGUCCUUUGUUUGGUGACAGAGUAUUUCAGAUCAUGUCAAUCUAUUGAUCUCUCUAUAGUUAGUGGACAAUUUAAUGCCAAAGCCUUUCAAAUUAUCUCAAUGAAUAAUUCUUACAUUCAAUUUUUGAUUUUAAGGAAUUGUAAAUGGUUAAAUAGUGAUUUAUUAACACCAGUAUUGAAGACAAAUGAAAGUAUUGUGCAUUUGGAUAUUUCUGGUUGUUCUGCUCUCACUAAUUUAAAUUUACAAAUUUUAGCAACUAAGUGCCGAGGAUUAAAAAAAUUAUCACUGCAAAACUGUCAUUGGGUUAGUGCCACAGCAAUAAUGUCACUUGCUUUAGAAUGUAAAAACUUAGAAUAUGUUGAUUUAACAAGUUGUUGGGAAGUUACAGAUGAAUCAGUAUGUAAAUUGGUUGCUAAUUGUCCAAAGUUAUCCUAUUUAUCUUUGUCUCGGAUUUAUGGUAUUACUGAUUAUACUAUGAGUAUGAUUGCAUGUACUUCCAAACUUUUAGAGCAUCUAAAUGUUUCUGGAUGUUGGAGAAUAACAGACUUUGGAAUCAGGUUGGUAGGCGAAUAUUGUAGAAGACUUAAAUCAUUAAAGGUAGAAGACUGUCGUGAUGUCACAGAAGCUAGUCUGGCCACAUUGAGAUUGAGAGUCGUCGUUGAUCGUCCCAACAGUAGAUACCCUUACAGAGCACAAAGUCAUAGAAUAAGACUUCAGAUUUAAAUAUAGGUAGGAAAGAAUAGAUCCAUUCCAAAGACAAUUAAUAGUGUCUUUCUCUGUUUAUAGAAUGGCAUACAUUAUUUUAAUACAGCAUAUAUUUCAAAUUCAUCAGUAUUAUAUAUGCCUAAAACUGUUGUGGUCAAUAACUAAUAUUCAUUAAUGAAUUAAAAACUUAAGAUAUGUUUAGUAGUCGACAGAUAAUCCAUUUAAAUAUUUAACUUAUUUAUUUCUACCAUGGUAUGAUACAGUUACAAAUGUUUGUAAUUCUACAGAUUGUCAAAUCUUAUCUUACGAAUGCAAAUUGCUAUAUAUGUGCAUGGCAGAUGUUUUGCUAAUGAUGCUGUCUAUUAAAUUUUCUCUGUGCUACCAUGCAAAACAUAAUUUAAAUACUUUAAGAAAAUUAAAAUAUUACUAGCCUGAAAAAUAACCACAAUAAAUAAAAAUAUUUUCUGUUACCAGUGUUACUAAGUAACUAUGCAUUUUUUAACAGAAGUAAAUUUUUUAAGUCAUGUAUAUGCAUUUUUAAAAUGCAUUGAAAAAUGAAAACCUUCACAUUCUCUAGAUGUGCUUUACUGUUUAAGUGGUGUGAUCAGUAAAAAAUUUAUAUGUAAAGAUUGAAUUCAUUACAUUUACUAGGAAUUAUUAUAUUUUCUACAAAAUUUUAUAAAUUAUGUUAAUUUUACAGAUGAUUGCGAGUACGAUCGAAUAAAUUAUAGAAAUCUUACAACAAUUUGUCGCUUAGAUAGCCUGCAAUUUCCCUAUAAUGAAAAUAAUUAGAUAGUCAUAAAUUUAAUAAAAUAUUUCUAUGUUAUUUUUUUUUUUUUAUUAAAGAAAUCAGUUGAAUUGUUGGACUUGUUCAUUAAUACAUUUGAUCUGUUGAAAAAUAAAAUGUAUGUUUAAUAUCAAAUUUUAAAAGUGGUUCUUCAUUUUAAUAUCACACAUACACGAAAUUCAAUAAAUAUAAAACCGAGUCUGCCUCCUCAUAUAAAAUAGGAAUAAUUAAAUAAAAAUUUAACUAUAUUGUUGUCAUUCAUGCUAUUUUCAAAACAGAAUUAUAUAUAUAUAUAUAUAUAUAAGCCUUCCUCGUACAUUGUUGUAGCUGACAAUCAUCUUACUGAAAGAAA